GCCCAGAGAGGGGGCGGAGCAGCCUUUGGAGCUUGAUGUUCGAUUUGGAACGAACCAACUCUAGGGAGAGUCGGGAGUGUCUAGACACCCGAUGCGACGUUCUGAGGGACGUAAGGCUCUAGAACGUUGUUUGAGGUUGGGGCGGACGCGUGUCGCCGAGCAGCCUCUCCCCCGCGAGCUCGUGAAUGGUCCGCGCCGGGGGCGCGCGCGCUGCUUGAAGCGGCUGGCGAGCAAGGCGCUCUGACAGAGCUGUGAUCUACAGCUUCUGCCGCAGUGCUGGGCGCGGGGUGCCAUGGAUCCCGAGACCCGCGAACUGCGCGCCUUGGAGGCCGAGGUGGCGGCGCUGCAGCGGGAGUGCAGUUUGCUGCCGAAGCCCUGGGAGAAGACGUCGGGAGCCCGGAAAUCACUUCAAAAAUUUCCCCAGUCAGAUUCUGAGGGAUGGGAAUCCUUGAAAGACCUGAAAAGUCAGCUUGGGCAUUUAAAAUCUGAACUUUCAUUUCUAAGUCAACUUACUGGCAUCAAUAUAAGAAAUUAUUCCAAGAUUGAGGACAUUACAAACACUGAAGUGACUGAAAAGGAUACAAAGAAAGUUCUACAGAGACACAGAUUAUCAGGAAAUUGCAACAUGGUUACAUUUCAACUGGAAUUUCAGGUUCUGGAAAUUGAGACUAAAGAGAAAUUAUCUUCUAUUAUAACUGACCUCAGCAUAAUAAUGGAACCAACAGAAUAUUCAGAAUUAAGUGAAUUUGCAUCUAGAGCAGAAGAAAAAAGAGAUUUGCUCAUGUUUUUCCGAAGUCUACAUUUUUUUGUGGAGUUGUAUGAAUAUCGUAAGAACACAUUUAAGCAUUUUAAGGAAAAGUACCCAGAUAGCGUGAACCUCUCAGAGGGCACCUGUUCCCACUGCAUGGAGAUCCACAGUGCCAGACAGCCAGGGUUUGAACUGGUGAUUGUUUGGAGGAUACAAAUAGAUGAGGAAGGGAAGGUUUUCCCGAAGCUGGAUCUUCUCACCAAAGUCCCAGAGAGAGCCCUGGAGCUGGACAAGAACAGGGUCAUAGAAACUGCUCCUCUGCGUUUCCGAAGCCUGCUAGGAGUUCUUGGAAUUGAAGCUGCUCUAGACAGCCUGAUAAAAUUGCUUUGUGUGGAAAAUGACUAGUUUCCUGCUGGCAAGCUUAUAGGAAUAAGAUGCUGGGCUGAGGAACAUGUGACUUAUGUUAAGUAUGAACAUUUGCUCUUUUCCAAUUAGAAACCACAUCCUUCGAACAUGCUUUUGUGUGUACUAGUGGUACAUUACAUAGAACUUCCAUGGCAUAGAAAUAAAGCU